AUGUCGUUUAUUCUUAGUCAAGAUACUCCAAAUACAGGACUGGAUAGUGAAAAUGCAACAGAAAAUGGGACUGAAGCCCAAGAGACUAGUAGCAUUGCUGACCAAGAAGUACUUUCAGAAACAACAGACUCUCUGCUUUCCUCUGUUCCCUCUCCAAAACCACGUGCUUCUAAGAAGUCCAAGACUGCAGAUCCCAUUUUGGAAAAGGCUCAAAACAUUAUACUUGAAGCAGGUGAAAAAAGAAGAAAUGAAUUUGCUGGUUUUGCAGAGCAUAUAGCAAACAAGUUAAGUAAAUAUGAUGGCUAUACCCGUGCUCAGGCAGAAUUCAACAUAAUGAAAAUUUUAUUUGACUGUGACAUGGGGAAAUCCAGCUUCGUUUACACAGAGUCCUGCUGGCGAUAG